UUGUAGCGAGUCGGCGAGGGAGGUUAGCGUUUUUUUUUUUUUUUCCAUCGGCAUUCAACAAAGAAAUAUGAGCACCUCGUCUAGAGAGUAUUCUCCAGAUUGGCUUCGUAAUGCCCAGGCACCAACAACAUCAAUUUUGAUGUUGUCCUCGAGUUCUGAAUCUCUUCCGGGUGGUAGUGAUGAUGAUACAGAUGAUCGGCUUCCUAUAAGCUCUGUGACCAAAAAAACAUCAAAAGUGAAGUCUCCAAGUAAAAAUCUGAGUACGAAGAGGAAGGGGCUUGGUGAAAAUGAAGGUAACAAGGGGAAAGGGGGUAAAUCUCCAGAGAAAAAACCUAAAACACCAGUUUGGACGUUGCCAUCGGAUUCUGAAUAUGAGUUGUCUGAGCAUGAUCCAAAGGAGGAGGAGGAAUUGAAGACGAGGCUAAAGAUGGAAGAAGAUAUGACGGAGACACAAGGGAAACAAGAUAAUGAUGGAGAUGUAAAGGUUUUAGAAAGACAAACAACUGAGAAGCAAACAGGAUCUUAUAUUUCAUCUUCGAGGUUGCCUUUGGUGCUUGCAGAUAAAGUCCAACGUUCAAAGGCACUUGUGGAGUGUGAAGGCGAAUCCAUCGAUCUAAGUGGUGAUUUGGGUUCUGUUGGGAGGGUGGUUGUUUCAGAUUGCCCAUCUGGCAAUCAGGAUGUACUUUUGGAUUUGAAAGGAACCAUCUACAAAAUGACAAUAUUACCUUCAAGAACUUUCUGUGUUGUUAGUUUUGGGCAAUCAGAAGCCAAGAUAGAGGCAAUCAUGGAUGACUUUAUUCAGCUGAAGCCACAGUCAAAUGUCUAUGAAGCUGAAACCAUGGUUGAAGGAACGCUGGAAGGAUUUUCUUUUGAUUCUGAAGAUGAAGCUGUGAAUCGUCAAACUGGCGAUGAAAACAAGGGGGGUGAUGCUGCUGAUCCACAAACCAAAACCAAUGGCAAAGGAAAAGGAAAAGCCGAGAAAACAUCAUCUGUAUCUGGAGCAGCAAAAAGGAAGGCAAAAACAACUGCUGCCAAAAAGCCACCAAAGAAGGCUACCAGGAAAGCUCCAGCUGCAAAGAAAUCCAAGGCAAAAAAAUGAGACGAUUCUUCCUUCUUUUGUUGUAGGUUAGAUUAGAGAAAGUGUGCUAGGCAUUACAACUUAAGAGAAAAAGAUUGUUUAUAUUGUAAUUCUUCUACAUGUCUGAUUGAUGAUUUGUCGCACUUUUAUUAUGCCUACAUCCUUCAUAUAAAAUUAUAAAUCAUAUCUAC